AUGCAGGUGGCAACCUUGGAUCAAUACUUCUCGAUAGGCCAAAGGUACUGGUUUGCAAGCACAAGACUUUUCGUUGCGAUGCCUCCUGCAGUAGACCUCAAGUCAUCGUCCAUACUCAUCGUUGGUUGCGGUACUUGGGGUGCUUCUACCGCAUUGCAACUCGCCCGGAGAGGGUACAAGAAUGUGACUGUCCUCGAUUCGCAUGAGAUUCCUUCGGCAAUCUCGGCAGGAAACGAUAUCGACAAGAUAGUAGGUCAUGCUGGAAGCCGGACGCUUGCACCUACUGACGAGUUCCUCAGAAGGGGUACCAGGACAUCGAAUCAAGUGACGGCGGCGAGGAUGAGACGUGGGUAAGAAGUCAUGUGUCCUCAGAAGCAACCAAGGCUUGGGAUAGCGAUCCGGUCUUCAAGCCGUUCUACCAUGAAACGGGAUACGUGAUGGCCGCGAGUCAGCCCAAGCAUAUCCAGGAGCUCUACGAAGAGGAGCAACCAACGGUCGAACGAGGGUAUGUCGAGCUCAACACAGCAGAAGACUUCCGGAAGACCAUGCCGCAAGGUGUCCUGACGGGUGACUUCCCGAAUUGGAAAGGCUGGUUCAAGAAAGAUGGCUGCGGCUGGGUGCACGCUCGCAAGGCUCUUGUGGCCGCUGCGCUUGAGGCUCGCAGAUUAGGCGCGAAGUUGAUCACCGGUAGUCCGUACGGAGCAGCAUGA